AUGGGUGGUGGUGCGCAUGUUGGUUGCACCCAGCGCCUAUGGUUCCCACACACGAAGGAGGGGACGUGCUUGGUCAAAACCCCCUCUCCGAACGUGGUGGCAUCAUGCAAGCCUCCAUCUCCAUCGCCAACCCUUCCCCCCCCCCCCCCCCCCCCCCCCCCCCCCCUAUAUUUUGCCUCCCCCUUCCUCUCUUUCAGGCCUUCAAAUCUUGCUCCUGCUUCGCGUUUUCGCACAUUCCCUCCUCCCCCCUCUCCCCUUCCUCCUUGCAGGGCCUCUCCGUCUCUCACCGUCGCAAGGAAGGAACACGAGGAAGGAAGAGGAAAAGAGAAAAAAAGAAGAUCAUCAACCAUGUCGAAUUCGGCGUCGGGGAUGGCCGUGUGCGACGAGUGCAAGCUCAAGUUCCAGGACCUCAAGGCGAAAAGGAGCUUCCGCUUCAUCGUGUUCAAGAUCAACGAGAAGGUGCAGCAGGUGGUGGUGGACAGGUUGGGGCAGCCAGGAGAGAGCUACGAUGAUUUCAGCGCCUGCUUGCCCGCGGAUGAGUGCCGCUACGCCGUGUUUGAUUUUGACUUCGUCACUGAUGAGAACUGCCAGAAGAGCAAGAUAUUCUUCAUCUCCUGGUCUCCGGAUACAUCAAGGGUGAGGAGCAAGAUGCUGUAUGCUAGCUCCAAGGAUCGGUUCAAGAGGGAGCUGGACGGCAUCCAGGUGGAGCUGCAGGCUACCGAUCCCAGCGAGAUGAGCAUGGACAUCAUAAAGUCGCGAGCCCUCUGAGAACACGCAGGCCCGGCUACUGCAAAUCCCCCCCUGGAGCGAAAGGGCGUUAAUUUGCAACAGCUCCUCGAUCUGCCCUACAAUUCCUUCCGUUGGCGAUGGCCAUCCCGUUUUCUUGUCAUUCGAUCUUUCCCUGGAAGCAAAAUGUGUUGCAUUCUUGUAUGAGACUGUAUGCCGUUUUUCCUCUUUCCCGCCGCCGUUCGUUGGUGCCAUAGCCCUGUUACUGCUUGUAAACUAGAACAUGCUUUCCGUUUUGAGACUUGGAUGCUUUUUUUAUCAUGAGUCCUUCCAUGCUGGUAUAUAUGCUAAAUCAGUAAAGGCUGUGGCGUCAUGUGGUGCCAGCUGUGAA